AUGCAGAACACUGGAAAGACCCAAAACGCAGGAGAGACCCAGUUCCCACAGCCUCGAGCAGCAGAAGAGACCCAGUUCCCACAGCCUCCAGCAGCAGAAGAGACCCAGUUCCCACAGCCUCCAGCAGCAGAAGAGAUCCAGUUCCCACAGCCUCCAGCAGCAGAAGAGACCCAGUUCCCACAGCCCCCAGCAGCAGAAGAGACCCAGUUCCCACAGCCUCCAGCAGCAGAAGAGACCCAGUUCCCACAGCCUCCAGCAGCAGAAGAGACCCAGUUCCCACAGCCUCCAGCAGCAGAAGAGACCCAGUUCCCACAGCCUCCAGCAGCAGAAGAGAUCCAGUUCCCACAGCCUCCAGCAGCAGAAGAGACCCAGUUCCCACAGCCUCCAGCAGCAGAAGAGACCCAGUUCCCACAGCCUCCAGCAGCAGAAGAGACCCAGUUCCCACAGCCUCCAGCAGCAGAAGAGACCCAGUUCCCACAGCCCCCCAGCAGCAGGAGAGAGACCCAGUUCCCACCGCCACCCAGCAGCAGGGGAGACCCAGUUCCCACAGCCCCCCAGCAGCAGGAGAGACAUAGUUCCCACAGCCCCCCAGCAGCAGGGGAGACCCAGUUCCCACAGCCCCCCAGCAGCAGGAGAGAGACCCAGUUCCCACAGCCCCCCAGCAAUAGGAAAGACCCAGUUCCCACAGCCCCCAGCAGCAGGAGAGAGACCCAGUUCCCACAGCCCCCCCAGCAAUAG